AUGUGGCGACAGCUAGGAACCGGUUGGCAGCGGACCGCCCUCAUCAAUACCUUGGCCGUCUUCACAUUCACCCUGCUCGGCAUCAUUCUGCUGAUAUGUACUGUCUCAAGAUCCGGCGGCCUGGGUAUCAACUACGUCGUGUUCCAGGGCACUUGCGCAAAAAGCAGGUCAAUCAACACUUGGCUACACCUCUUUCUCAACGCCUACUCCACAGCCAUCAUAGCCUCGUCCAAUUUCUUCAUGCAAGUUUUGACUUCACCUACGCGAAGCGAGGUGGACAAGGCGCACAGCGAUAAUGUGUCUUUGAAGAUUGGCGUGCAGUCGAUGAGAAAUCUGUACCGAGCUCCCAGGAUCAGAUGGGUGUGCUGGGCGCUCUUCUUCAUCACCUCUUUUCCGCUUCAUCUCUUCCUCAACAGUGCCAUCUUCCCGACGGAAUACAUGAGCUCUGACUGGAACCUGACAAUUGCCUCAGAGGGGUUCAUCAACGGCGCCCAGUAUUAUCCUCCAGGAGUAGCUGUGUGGCCACCUACGAGCAGUCGAAGCCAAUCCUUACUCGGGGUCGUGGGAUAUGGACAGAAUCUAUCCUUGACAGACCACUUCGACCCAAACAGCGAUGUUUCCAAGAGAAUCGAGUUCACAGCUAAAAAUUCUCGAGAUUGGAAAAGGCUAGAAGUCCCUGAUUGCCUUUCUCAGUAUCAGUAUUGCAACGGGCGUGUCAACUUUCGCGAUCUCGUCAUGAUUGUCAAAUCAAAAGACACGUCUCUCAUGGUGUCGGGCAACUCCAGCCUAGGCUGGAAACAGAGCGAUAUCUUCCAGCUGACCAGGCCAUCCGACAAGUCCAAAAGUCAAAGGUACGAGAACUUUACUAUCGAUGCUGCCAACCCCCUCUGGUUCACUACAAAUUGCAAUACACGGUCGCUAGCCGGCACAUCUCGAAACCGAUCGACGUGCGUGCAGAGCUGCGGCAGGGCCUUUGGCAGGCAAGGAGAGCUUGCCAACCCUUUGCAGAUGAAGCCGAAGAGCCCCGCGUCGAUUCCAUCCACGUACGUCUUUGAGUUUCUUGACCUUGACGACACAACCCAAUAUUGGCCAGAGGUUUCUCAAGAUGCCGUAUCCCUCGACUUGGAGUAUUGUCUAGUACAGGAAGUCUCACCAACUUGCAAAGUUUGUGUAUCAAAUGGUCUUCUCCUGAUCGUCGUCAUAUCAGUUUCUUUGAAAGCCGCUCUCUGCGUUCUGGUGUUGCGCUAUCUGCCCAAAGAAGAUCCCUUUGUGGUCCCAGGGGAUGCUAUCGCAUCCUUCAUCCGAUCCCCUGACAAAUUCACGACUGGAAGUUGCCUAUUGGACAAGGAAGUUGAAGAUGUUGUCGAUGACAGGAGCUACCCUUACGUGGGUGCACCCAUGUACUGGCAGCCAGAGCGUCGGAGAUGGUCAAGGUCGAUCGAGGGCAUGGUCUGGCUAAGGACUUACUCCCUUCUCAUCGCCAACUUCAUGUUUCUCUUCGCCAUGUUUUUCCUUUCGCAGUCCGAAAAUUCACUCGGCAAGCAAACUCUCACUCAGAAUGCGACAAACGGAAUUUUUGACGUCUCUGGGGCGAGUGCUAAUGAGUUUAUCCCGGCCGUACUCAAAGGCAACCUACCGCAACUCCUUCUUUCGAUAUUCUAUUUUGACUACAACUCAUUUUACACACGUCUGUGUGCAGAGAAGGAAUGGAGUUCAUACGGUACAGACUACCGCCCACUACGGGUAACAGAACCUCAAGGACUACAGCGGUCGACCUACAGGUUGCAAUUACCGUAUCGGUACAGUGUUCCCUUGAUCUUGGCCAGCAUUUCAUUGCACUGGCUGGUGUCAAAAUCUCUAUAUGUCUUUGUUUUCGAAGGCGGUAUGUUGCCCUUUCUUAUCCAUGAGCCAUUCUUGAUUCUCACCUUCUGCUCAGGAUACUUUGAGCCUCCAACAAUUGACAACGACUCACCACUACGGACCGGACUCAGCGAUGACGCUUUUGUUGGAAUUGGAUGGUCGGCUCCAGCGUUGCUUGCGCUCUUGGUCGCCGUUUCCAUCAUGACUGCUCUACCCUUGAUCCUUACAUGGCCGACUAUCAAGAGCCCAAUGCCACUUACCGGGAACAGCUCGUUGGUCUUGUCUGCGGCCUGCCACGUUCCUGUGCCCGAGUAUUUUACUACGGUAGCAUCUGAUAGGCCAAUCUCGGAGCUCGAAAUUGGUCACAAGUCAGCAGCGCUAAAGUCAGUCAACGAUUAUCUUUCCGACCCAGAACCCGCCCAUAGGUUUGGCAGAUCAGCAAUACCUGAGAGGGAGCACUUGAUAGCACCUUCAGAUGUGUCUCUACAGACUCAGGACGCAUGCGAUACCGAUAUCAAGUCUUGUGCGCCAAGGGCUGAUGUUUCAGAUACAGAAAAAUACCUGCUGGGAGUCUCACAGAGCCCCCUCCGCUGGGGCGAAGCCAGGGCGCAGGAGUUCAGAACUAAACGAGGCAUCAAGGUGAAGGAUAUGAUAGGGCACUUGAGUUUCGGUACACGAGCGCACGCCGUUCGUGAGCCAAUUAGAGGACGACUGUACACGUAG